AUGGCUGCCACUACCAAUAACCCCAAAGACAGAAACCUCAUCGCCGUCAUUGGAGACGAGGACACAGUCACAGGCAUGCUUCUUGCCGGAAUAGGCAAUGUGGAUAAAGAUCACGAAAAGAACUUUAUGAUCGUAGACUCGAAGACACAAGGAAGUGUCAUCCAGAGCACAUUCAAUAAAUUCACAGAGAGGAAGGACGUUGCCAUUCUCCUGAUCAACCAGCACGUUGCUGAACGGAUAAGGUCAGACGUCGACAAGUAUACAGCUGCGUUCCCUGCACUCCUGGAGAUUCCCAGUAAGGACCACCCAUACGACCCCGCCAAGGACUCGGUCUUGAAACGUGUACAGAAACUGAGAGGAGACUAG